AUGGAUUCGGAACCGAAGAAGGCGAGCAAGAGAGUGCUGUCAUGUGUGCUCUGCCAACAAAGGAAAAAGAAAUGCGAUCGGAAGAGUCCGUGUUCAAAUUGCAUAAGGCUCAAAACAGUCUGCACUCCAAGUUUACCAGCUCCGCCAAGGAAGCGCAGACGUCCGAAUCAAGAUCUUCUGGAAAGGCUUGCGAGAUGUGAAGAACUUCUCAGGCAUUGUACUUGUAUAAGGCUUCCAACACCAGAGCAUAGCCCGCCAAAUCAACGCGAACAAUCACCUCUGAGCUUACACGACGGCGAUGAUUUGAAAAGGAAGAGAAGCAGAGAGACUUCGCCUACAGAAGCAGAUUGA